GAAUGGGUAACGUUGAUCAGUAAAGACAACUAUCAAUUCGUGAUCGAUAAACGGUUCGCAUUACGUUCAAUUUUUAUAAGGAACAUGGAACUUCCAUUCGAAAACGGAUUUGCAGAAGCACAAACGAGUAUUGUAAAAUUUCCAAACAUUCGUGGAAUUAUUCUAGAGAAAGUUGUGGAAUAUUUGUGUUGGAAUGCACGUUACUUUGAUGCAAAAGAUGUUGAUAUACCUGAUUUUCAACAUCGUAUCAAACCGGAAAUUGCCGUUGAACUUCUGAUGGCAGCUGACUACCUUGAA